AUGAACCACCGCGCAAGUCUGCGUCGCUCAUGCGAUGCUUGUGCCAAAUCCAAGCAUUCCUGCGACCUUCGCACGCCCCAAUGCUCGCGGUGCAUCAAGCGCAAGGUCCGCUGCGUCUAUGCCAACCAGCCUCUGACCUCUUCAUCCUCAAUAUCCCCCAUCACCGUCCGCACGCCGCGCCAGGUCACCAAACUGGCCCUGAAACAUGACACAUCUCUUCUUCCAGCAUCCCCGAGACGAGUGGGCUCUGAGUUCGCGGAAAACCUCGUCGAGCUGUCUAAGCCGGUAGAUCCGUCGUUUGAUCCCUUUGACUCCUACCCGCCCACCAGGCUACCCCGGGCUCAUGUCCAACAAUUAAUCCACCAUUUCCUUUCCAACAUUGCCUUCCAGUAUUACCCUUUAGAUAUGAACAUGGGCUCCAACCCUUUUGUCGUGUCAUGGUGGCCGCUCGCUCUCGCAGACCCGGCCUUAUUCCACGUAUCAUUGCAAACUGCCUCCCUAGACAAGGAGUUGAGAGCACAGAAGGGGUUCCCCAUUUCAGACAUGUUGAUGAUGGACUCAGUAUCGCUGGUCAGGAAGCGGAUAGGUGAUUCAUCAUUGGCGAUCCAGGAUGAGACUAUGAAUUCAGUCGUCACGCUGGCUGCUAUCGAGUUUGGGAAAGGGAAUGUUGAUGCCAGCACAAUGCACAUUGCCGGCGUCAAGCGCAUGGUAGGCAUUAGAGGAGGUAUCAACCAGGUCAAGACCACAAGCCCACUUACGGCCAGAAUGGUCUCAUGGGUGUCAAUGAUUGUCAUGGGUGCUCCCCAGUUCCUCACCCAAGACGAUUUGGGGUUUGGUGAUGGCGUUGGCCCAAUUCUCCAGUGGAAGAUGGCAUCGAUGGACUCCAACAUCCUCAAGCCGAUCCCGGACGAAAUCGACGUGGAUCCUGAGAUGAGUAGCAUCAUCGCGCAUCUACAAGCCGUCUUUCACCAGACCGAGAUUCCCCCACCUUCCAGCACAGAGUUACACGACCUCACUUGUUUUGUCGUCCACAAGCUGCUACUACUCCCGCCCAGUUCUUCUCCUGAACCCUCACGCGUCGGCGUAUACGAGUGUCUACGCCACGCUCUGGUUCUUUACAUGCUCAUCGUCCACGGAACGACGUACUACUCUCACGCCACCCUUACCAAUUGCAUCCUCACACAGCUCAAGCAACAUCUUGAGACAUUGACCCAGACGGGUUACUUACACAGCGACCUCCACAUCUGGCUGAUCUCGAUUGGCAUGGCUGCAUCAACGGGCAUGCCCCAAGCUCAAUGGUUCUUCGACCAGGCUUGUGUUGCCGCGCUGGCGCUUCGGCUGCGUGAAUGGAAGCAAGUACUCGGCCGUCUCGAGCGUAUACUCUGGAUAACAGUGCCUCAGGGAGAGGCCAUAUCAAGAAGGUGGGAAGAGAUGUGGGGGAUGCUGCAAGAAUCAUAA